CGUCACUGCCGGUACCGCGAGGGCCGCGUGUUUCACGGGAACUUCCGGUUCCGGGACGCGGAGGUGCCGCCACCCCGGUGUACCGCUGUGCCUCCACCAUGGACGAUCUGAUCCUCAACGUGGAUUUCGGCGCUCCGGAGCCGCGGCCGCAGAAGGAACCGGGGAACCGAAAGCACCAACGCUUCGUGCGGCGGCGGCGGGAGCUGGAGCGCCGCGGGGUCCUGCGGCAGAAACAGCUCCCGGCCAAACCGGGACAGCGAUCGCGGCCAAAACCACGCCGGUGCCCCAAGGAGAACGGUACCACCGGUGCGACAACAACGGGGAAGGCUCGGGGAGCCGGUGCUGGCGGAGCCCCGCCGGUAUCGCAGCCCCAGAAGGGUCGGGGGGCCGGUGCUGGCGGAGCCCCCCCGGUUUCCCAGCCACGGAAGGCUCCGGGGGCCGGUGCUGGCGGAGCCGCCCCGGUUUCCCAGCCUCGGAAGGGUCGGGGGGCCGGUGCUGGCGGAGUCCCCCCGGUUUCCCAGCCCCGGAAGGCUCGGGGGGCGGCUCCCGGUGCCCCCCCGGUGCCCCCCAAGCUGGUGGCCAUGGACUGUGAGAUGGUGGGCACCGGGCCCGGUGGCCGGACCAGCGCCCUGGCCCGGUGCAGCAUCGUGAGCUACGGAGGGGACGUGAUGUACGACCGGUACGUGCGGCCCGAGGCGCCCAUCGUGGAUUACCGGACCCGCUGGAGCGGCAUCCGCCGGCAGCACAUGGACAGCGCCGUGCCCUUCCGCAGGGCACAGAGAGAGGUUCUGAGGCUCCUGGCCGGGAAGGUGGUGGUGGGCCACGCCAUCCACAACGACUUCAAGGCGCUGCGCUACUGCCACCCCAGGGCGCUGACGCGGGACACGGCGCAGAUCCCGCUGCUGAACCGCCGCGCCGGCUUCCCCGAGAACGUGGCCGUGUCCCUCAAGCGCCUCACCAAGGCCCUGCUCAACCAGGACAUCCAGGUGGGGAAAAGCGGCCACUCCUCGGUGGAAGAUGCCCGAGCCACCAUGGAGCUCUACAAGUUGGUGGAGGAUGAGUGGGAGCAGCACCUGCAGCAGAACCCGGAGCAGAAGUGACACCCUGGGGUGCUCAGAGUGACACCCCCGGCCCGGUCCUGCCUCUGGGGGGGCUUAGAGUGACACCCCCAGCCUGGUUCUUCCUCUGGGGGGACCCACAGUGACACCCACAGCCCGGUCCUGCCUCUGGGGGGGCUUAGAGUGACACUCCUGGGCUGGUCCUGCCUUUGAGGGGACCAAAAGUGACACCCCCAGCCUGGUCCUGCCUUUGGGGGGUCCCAAAGUGACACCCCCAGCCCAGUCCUGCCUCUGGGGGGACCCAAAGUGACACCCUCAACCCGGUCCUGCCUUUGGGGGGGCUCAGAGUGACACUCCUGGCCUGGUCCUGCCUUUGGGGGGACCCAAAGUGACACCCCCAGCCCGGUCCUGCCUCUGUGGGGACCCACAGUGACACCCCCAGCCCAGUCCUGCCUCUGGGGGGGCUCAGAGUGACACCCCCAGCCCGGUUCUGCCUCUGAGGGGACCCAAAGUGAUGCCCCCCAGACCGGUCCUGACUUUGGGGGGCUCAGAGUGACACCCCCAGCCCGGUCCUGCCUCUGGGGGGGACCCAAAGUGAUGCCCCCCAGCCCAGUCCUGCCUUUGAGGGGCUCAGAGUGACACCCCCAGCCCGGUCCUGCCUCUGGGGGGGCUCAGAGUGACACCCCCAGCCCAGUCCUGCUUUUGGGGGGGGCUCAGAAUGACACCCCCAGCCCGGUCCUGCCUCUGGGGGGGCUCAGACUGACACCCCCAGACUGGUCCUGACUUUGGGGGGGGCUCAGAGUGACACCCCCAGCCCGGUCCUGCCUCUGGGGGGGCUCAGAAUGACACCCCCAGCCCAGUCCUGACUUUGGGGGGUCCCACAGUGACACAUCCAGCCUGGUCCUGCCUUUGGGGGGACCCACAGUGACACCCCCAGCCUGGUCCUGCCUUUUGGGGACCCACAGUGACACCCCCAGCCCGGUCCUGCCUCUGGGGGGGCUCAGAGUGACACCCCCAGCCUGGUCCUGCUUUUGAGGGGACCCAAAGUGAUGCCCCCCAGCCCGGUCCUGCCUCUGGGGGGGCUCAGAGUGACACCCCCAGCCUGGUCCUGCCUCUGGGGGGGACCCAAAGUGACACCCCCAGCCUGGUUCUCCCUCUGGGGGGGACCCAAAGUGAUGCCCCCCAACCUGGUCCUGACUUUGAGGGGUUCUGCCCCGCUGCCCCCAGGACCUGUGGAGGCUCUGGGCCGGUGCCUUCCCCCAGAGGGGUCUGUGGGGUUCUUCACCCCCCGAACACUUCGGAGCUGCUGCUGCUCCUGAUCUGGGAGUGCCUUUGGGGCAUCCUGAGCUCAGCCCCCAUCCCUGGGGCGUUGGGGAUGGACAGAACUACCUCUGGCAGCGGCGGGAGCUGCCGCUGGCGUUCACAUCCCUCUGUGAAAUCUUUAAUCGGUGAAGUUCGGGCGGCACAAACCCGGGCACGGCGAGACCCCAUCCCCCUGCCCGAGCCCCCCGCGCUGCCCCGGGGGGACACCCCCGGAACCUCAACGGUGCCCGAGCCUUGCCGGGAGCCGCUUUGAACUGAAAGGUUUAUGUGCAAAAAUCUAAUUAAAAAGAAAUGAUUGAA